UCUACAGUGAGAGUACUCUGGGCAUUUAGAACCUUCCUUCGUUAUUAGCGUGUUUACUUUUGAAGGCUAAAUCCGAUAUUAUAGAAAAACAGUUAAAAUGUUCCUUCGUAUACAGAGACAACUACGAAGAAAUCCUACUUGUGUUGUGACAGUGACGCUCGUAUUUUGGUGGUUUGCUGCUGUUAUUUUCGUGUUCUUGUUUAGGAAUGACUUCGAUCAUGAGUCUGACAGUGGCGAAUCGUACUCGCUAGAGUCUAACAAGGCCAUAAACCCCACUGACAUGAGAGCAAAUUUCAAGAAAGGAAGGCUGUCGCGCAGAGAAAGGUACAACCUUGUCAGGAAAGGGAUAGAUGAAUCGCCACUCGGGAAGUUAGAUAAGCUAACCUUGAAAUUUAAAGAAAACGUUACCUUACCCGACUUGAAGCUACCACAGAAAACGGGGAAGUUGAAUAUGUUUGUAAAGAAAAGGAGGAAAAAUCGAUUAAAAAUAAAUGGUUCCAGUAUGCCCACUGACAAGAAGCGAAUGUAUAGGAAGCGUAGACAACUUUCAACUUAUAAUGGAGGCAUUUGGGAAGGCAGGGGUCUGAAUAUAAACACAACUUCUAAUGUACUUUUAAAUCACGUCGGGGAUGUGCUGGUCAAUAGCGGUGAAUCUCCCAGUAAAAUGAAGCUCUCAAAUAAAAGUAGAGUACAAUUACAGGAGGAUGAAAGCAUUUAUUCACUGAAGAGAGAAGUAACGAGUCAUUUCCUCAGGACACUGGUGACCAUCGUUUGCAACACGGACCAGAAACCGGACCCACACCUGAGGAACAUCUUUCAGAGGCAACUGAAUCAGACGAAGACGAUGUUGAAGUCCCUCGUCUACUUCAGUUCUGCUUCUUUCAGAGUCAUUGUCGUGACUGAGUCUCAGAAGACAUAUGACCAAGUCCUCUCUCAGCUGGAAGACUGGCCUGAAAGGUACCGUUCCCGCCUGCACUUCGAAAGAGGCGAGAUUUGGAUCCCGAAGCAGGAGAAUAUUCUUAUGGAAGUUUGGCGUCCUUGCUCCUGGCCUAAGCUCUUCCUCCACGAAGCCCUGCCCAACCUCGACGCAGCCAUUUACGUCGACACGGAUAUCCUGUUCCUAGGUCCUGCCGAAGGACUCUGGGAUGUCCUGGAAGGACUGCAGGAACCCCAGGCAUUUGCUAUAGGGCAGGAUCCUCUAUAUGACAGACAUAAGCAUCGAAGGUACGCCGGUACAGUUGGCCUCAGCGCCGGUCUCUUUGGAGCCAAUUUCACCAGACUUCGUAGUUUUAAGAGCGAACACGGAAGGUACUCGGACACGAUCAUGCACUACAAGAAGAACAAUAAGAAUUCACAUGAUCAGGAUACCUUAAACGUCCUUCUGGCCGAUUAUCCGGCGAUGUUCCAUGAACUGAGUCCCCAAUGGAUAUUCUGCCCGAGCCACUGCCUGCAGGGCGUCUUACCUUGCUGUCUGGAUACUGGAGUCAACGUCAUUCAUGGCUUCGAUGCCACCUUCGUCAGGGGCGUGGAGAUGGUGUUCCAGGUCAUCUACGAAGCGCUCCUUAACUUCGAGCUUGGAUCCCCAGCCUCUCUUCUGCGGGAGGGACUUGACAAGGAGUUCUUCAGGGUAGAUCGUCUGGCUCUCAGCUCAGCCUGCAGGAAAGUGAUGGGCAUCCAAACAGUCCUAACCAAACACAUCCGGGACCUCGCUGACCUAGAGGGGAAGGGGUCGACGUUGGAAUGGUACAAUGAGAAAACAAACAAAACCAAAAAUGAAGCAUUGAUGAAGGAAUAGGGGUCUUGAACGAUAUUGCAAUGUAUUUCUUUAAAAAUAAUGUUGAGUUUUUUUACUUAUUGUUUAUCGAAAAAACCGUGCUCUCUAGAGCUCUACCUGACACUUGAGAACUACUGGUAAGGAGACAAUUUUUUAUUACUUUAUUAUGGUGAAAGUUUAUCAUUCAAGUAUUUUUUACAUUAAGAAAUAACUCUUCAUGAAUUCAGUGAAGGAUUAUCUUUUAAAAGACGGUUUGGGACGUUACGCAUGUAAUCAGUACGGAAUAAAAAUGAUCAGAAGUUCAUGAAAACUCAAAAUGUUUUUGACUUUAAGGAAAAUCAAUAUACAAGAAAUGUUUUCCAGCUUUUAAAACAUUUCUUGUUUAAAACAUUUUAAAGCUUUUAAAUAGGGACUUUCUUU